AUUGUGGGAGGAGAGCCCGGGACCCCCUGGAGAAGCCCUUUAGGGCCAGUACGCCAGGAACCGUGCCCCUGCCUGGCUAGAGGGACAGUCGCUUGUGGCAUUUGCCCAGCUGCUCCCUAAGGGGAGAGAAGCUAUGGGGCCUACAGGCUUAGCCUCUGACCCGGUUGACGCCCAGCCCAGGACUGCCCCAGCGCCAACAGACAGGGGGCAGCAAAUUUUUAACCAGACACACUGAUCAUUAACAGGGUAGGAAGAAGUCCAAACUCAGCCUCACUCAGGGACAGAGACCAGCUGGGCCUCGGGCCUUUUGCAGAGAUGCUGGGCCGUGGAGUCUGGUCCUCUGUGAGGCAGAGGCUGAGCAGGGGUUUGUCCAGGAAUGUGGGGGGCUGGGCCUCAGGGGAGGGGAGGAAGGUGGACAUUGCAGGCAUCUACCCCCCUGUGACCACCCCCUUCACUGCCACGGCAGAGGUGGACUAUGGGAAACUGGAGGAGAAUCUGCACAAAUUGGGUACCUUUCCGUUCCGAGGCUUCGUGGUCCAGGGCUCCAAUGGCGAGUUCCCCUUCCUGACCAGCAGCGAGCGGCUGGAGGUGGUGAGCCGAGCCCGCCAGGCCAUGUCCAAGGACAAACUCCUGCUAGCCGGCUCUGGCUGCGAGUCCACUCAAGCCACCGUGGAGAUGACUGUGAGCAUGGCCCAGGUUGGGGCAGACGCUGCCAUCGUGGUGACCCCUUGCUACUAUCGUGGCCGCAUGAGCAGUGCAGCCCUCAUUCACCACUACACCAAGUGUCCCAGCCAACACGGGACUGGACCUGCCCAUGGAUGCAGUGGUCACGCUCUCCCAGCACCCAAACAUCGUGGGCAUCAAGGACAGUGGUGGCGACGAGCUGUGGGGGGCGUGUGUGCCCUGGCCAAUGUCCUGGGGGCUCAGGUGUGCCAGCUGGAGCGACUCUGCCUCACGGGGCAAUGGGAAGAUGCCCAGAAACUGCAGCACCGCCUCAUUGAGCCAAACAUUGCGGUGACCCGGCGCUUUGGGAUCCCCGGACUGAAGAAGACCAUGGACUGGUUUGGAUACUACGGAGGCCCCUGCCGUGCCCCCUUGCAGGAGCUGAGCCCCAAGGAUGAGGAAGCGCUGCGUAUGGAUUUCACCAGUAAUGGCUGGCUCUGAGGGCAAGGAGAGGACGUGCCUGGCCCGAGCCCAUCUUAGCUUCCUGCCUUGUACCUACAGCUGAAGAGGCCCAUGGGGGUACGAGGUUUCAAAGCCUGUUUCCCUACUUCAGCCCUCCAGGUGGCCUCUCCCAGGCUCUGCCAUGCACACCUAUUUCCUAUUCUCACAGCCCCAUGACUGCUGACAUUUGUGUCCUAAACUCUGGCCCUCUAGAGACCUUCAGUAUGGGUUACUUGUCCAUCUACUGUGCCUUCCUGUGCCCUGGGGACACGUGACCAGGAGCCAGAGGGCAAGAACGGGGGGCAACUGGGCACAAGUAAGGUCAUGUAUUUUACUGAUGGGAUGGCCGCUUAGACUUGGGGGUACACAUUUGAGCCCAGCAUAGUAUUGCAGGGAGCUAGGGCUAUUCCUAAGAAUCUGAUUCCUUCCAGGGAAAGUGGUGAGUUCGGAAACCUAAUCAGAAAAACGUCAUUGGCCUUUGAAAGGCCCUCAAGCUGCAUUCCAGACACAGUGCCCUUUCCUAAAUCCAUUUUGAUCAUCUCAUAUUCUCAUCUCUAGCCUUGAUCUCAACCGUAGAGAGCACAGAGCCAGCCCAGGGACUCGCCAGAGUUGGUAAAUAAUGACACCUGGUGGAUAAAUGUUACAUUCUGGGAGACUUCUAGCCAACCUAGGUCUGAAACACUAGGGAAGGAGACUUGGUCUGCCACCUGGCCAUCCCCUUGCCUUAGGCACUGUGCUUUCAUUGUUAAAAAUAAUACUUUGUUCUUGCAAUAAAGUUGAAUAAGUGAAAACAGCGUGGCCACGUAUAAAGUGACACCUUGCCACCAUGUAGGUCUUAGGUUUCCUGCCGAGAUGUCAAGAACCUUCCUAGAGGCAACUUAACUUUCAAAGUCUGCUUUUUCCCAGCUCUGAGUGAGGCCAUAACAGCCCACAGCAAACUAGGUGUUAGAUCAGUGGGGGCCUACGGGACGGGCUUGUUGAAGUUCUGAGUGGGAGGUAGAAGGCAAAAAGUUUCAACUAAGAUAUUUAGAAACACUUUAGCACAUUCACCAAAAAGGCUGCUUUCUCCAAAGGUGUUUAACCUUAUUCAGUGGCAGUAAACCAGAGAUGAAUGUUUUAAAAAUUACUCUGACUAAAAAGAAAGGUAAACAGAUCCUUGUUUGGGACAAAGGCUAGAGGAGAGAAUUUUAAAAGGUAUCAAUCUUCACCUGAAAUUUGCCAUCUGGAUGGUACCGAAGCUGGGGCUUAGCACCUGGGCUCUUCUCACAGGCAAUAUCCAGAAGAUCUGGGCUCAGAGGAGAAUCCAGCUUAGGGAUGGGGCAAAAAUUGAGGGCUCAGGAGGCUGGCCAGUGUACUGGUAAAGCACUCAGUCUCUGGUCUUAAAUUAAACAGGCCUGGAUUUGAGUUCAGACCUGCCCCUUAGGGUCGAUGGGACCUUGGGCAGCUACUUAAGUGCCCAAUCCGAUCUGUAAUCUGGGGAUAAUAACCACUCCUUUCUCUCACGGAUCAUGCGUGUAAAGGGGUUAGCGCGGCAGGUGAAUGCUGCACAUUAGCUUGGUUGGGGAGGUAUCGGGGCAGGAAAAGGGAAACCCAGGCAGGAAUUGACUUGCCCAAGGUAACCCCGCAGGUGUGACAAUAACUGGUCUCAGGAUGUGGGUGCUCUUGACACUCAGGACAAGAGAAGUACAGUGGAAAGUGAUUUAGAAUCAGAAAAACCGGGAUACAAAUCCCACCUAGCUCUGCCACUUCCUAGUUUGGGCAACCUGUGCCUGUCUGAUUUAAAAAAAAAAAGGCUCCUACCUUGCAGAGGUUUCGAGAAUUACGUACUAGGUAAUAAAGUGUGCAGUGUCAGUUCCAAGCCCCCAUCUGUGAUGAACUUUUAGAAACAGCAAAUGGGUUGAUUCAUGAGGACGCAGAGCAAGAGUCAAGAAACUAAGUACAGGCAG